AUGUGUCGUUGGUUCGCAUACGUUAGCCCCAUAGAACCAUGCCUGCUCUCUGAUGUUCUCAUCACUCCGGCGAACAGCAUAAGUGCUCAGGUAGAACACUAUCUGCCUGGUCUACUUCCGCAUCAUAAAGAGAAAGAACUCGACCACAGCUCGAAUGCUCUACUUCGAAUGCGUAACUCACUCCUCAAUAUGGACGGUUUAGGUAUUGCGUGGUACACCAACUCUGCUGCAUCAUAUAUGAAGGAUGUCGAGAGUUCUCGCCCGGCCCUUUACAAGUCACAGUCUCCUCCCAUAAAUGAUUUCAACUUUCGAUCACUUUGUGAAAACACCGAGACAUAUUGCGUAUUUGCGCACAUCCGAGCAAGCAGCGGCAGCACCGUGACACAAGUGAACUCUCACCCCUUCGUCUUUGGCCGCCAUGUUUUCAUGCACAAUGGCGUCAUCUCGAACUUUUCCUCCAUUCGUCGGGAAAUGACAGACUUGAUGUCUUUUGAUGCAUACUGUAACGUUUUCGGAACCACCGAUAGCGAGCACUCUGCCGCCUUGUACAUGACAAAUCUCACGAACAACGGCUCCAAGGGAACCUGGCAGCAGACAUACUCUCUAUCUGCAAUGCUUGCCGCAAUGCAGAAAACCGUCAUCCAAAUCAUAGAGCUCCAGAAGCUCAAGUGCGACAACGUGCGGACCCCCAACUCGCUCAAUUUUUGCACCACCGACGGUCACAAAAUGGUGGCCAUCCGCUUCCGCAACCAUACCUCUCAGCAACCGCCUUCACUCUACUGGUCGGAAUUUGCUGGUCGUACACUUAAUACGAAGUACCCCGGCCAUCCGGACUCGAAGGAGCUGGUCAAUGAGCAGGCUAUCUGGGGAGAGGAGAAAAGGAUUGGCAAGCAUACUAUCAUCGCGAGCGAGCCUACUACGUACGAUGAGAAAGAGUGGAACCUGAUUGGGAAGAACUGUGCACUGAUAGUUGACGAGGAAGGGACGGAAAUUGAGGUGCCGCUUCAAUAUGACGCUGCGUUGGACGCAGGAGAUCCGGACGCAGACGAUGAUUAA